CGCUUCAUCCUCUUUCGCCCUCCUCCCUCUUCUUUAUCAUCCUUUCCGUGUGUUCCUGUUCGAUUCUCUUUGUGCGGUGGCUGUACGAUGUUCUCUGUCCCCCCGAGAACAUAAUGACCUCGCCCACCCAUGACGCUGCGCGUCCGUCCUUCAACAAUGCGGAUCAGCCGGAUUCCCAACACCAAUUGCUGCAGCACGAUUCGACCCUGACGGUAGCACAGUCCGUCUCCCUUACCUUGAGCAGCGACUCCCUUCUCGUCGCCGAUGAGCGUUCCUCCACGCGUACUUCGAGUCGCGCAUGCUGCGGGUUACUGCCCAAGUCGUCAACCAAGGAUACCCAUGCCAUCUCGUUCUAUAAUAUAUUGGACGCCGAUCUUUCCCCGGCGGGCUUGACCAUUACCUAUGCGGAGCAUUCAACUAAAGAUGACGUGUCCGUAACUGCGCUUCAGUACCCGAUCGCCGACGAGGAAAAGGCAAACGUCGAGGCCUGGAUCACCCGAUUGCUGGACCUGGCAUAUGGCAACGCACAACGAUAUAAGAGGCUCAAGGUGCUUGUCAAUCCCUUUGGAGGCAAAGGAGGCGCCGUGAAAUUGUAUCAGAAUUAUGCGGCGUCCAUCUUUGCCGCGGCCCGCUGCAAGGUGGAUGUUCAAGAAACGACGCACUCCGGCCACGCCACCGAAAUCACAGAGAAAAUCGACAUCGAUGCCUACGAUGCGAUCGUCUGUUGUUCCGGUGAUGGGCUCCCGUACGAAGUCUUCAACGGUCUGGCGAAGAAGCCAAAUGCUGGGGAAGCCUUGAGCAAAGUGGCUGUUGCGUUAAUACCGUGUGGCUCGGGAAAUGCGAUGACCUGGAACCUCAGCGGAACGGGCAGCGUGUCUGUGGCGGCACUCGCCAUAGUUAAAGGAUUACGAACACCAAUGGAUCUUGCCUCGAUCACGCAAGGGCAAACUCGCACUUUGUCGUUCCUGUCGCAGUCUUUCGGCAUCAUCGCGGAGUGCGACCUGGGAACCGAUAACAUCCGAUGGAUGGGUGCUCAUCGAUUCACGUACGGAUUCCUUGUACGGAUCGUGAAGAGUGCUGUUUGGCCGUGCGAUCUUGCUGUUAAGGUGGAAAUCGACGACAAAAAAGCCAUCAAGGAUCAUUAUACUGCAUACGCGAACAGUGUCCCUCCACUCCGUUCCCCCCAAGAGACUGCUGGACGGUCCGGGGGCCUUCCCGAGCUGAAGUACGGCACUGUGCAGGAUGACCUCCCCAAGGACUGGGAAGUCAUUCCGUCCGAGACGCUGGGCAACUUUUACGCCGGCAAUAUGGCCAUCAUGUCCAAGGACACCAACUUCUUUCCGGCCUCGUUGCCUAAUGACGGAUUGAUGGACGUCGUCACUAUCGACGGAACUCUCGGAGUCUCGAAGUCCCUCAAAAUGAUGACAGCAAUCCCUGAGGGGAACUUUUUCGAUAUGCCGGAAGUCAACGUCCGUAAGGCGACCGCGUAUCGUCUCGUUCCUCGAGAGAAGGAAGGAUAUAUCAGCGUGGAUGGCGAGCGAAUUCCCUUUGAAGCUUUCCAGGUUGAGAUCCACAAAGGACUGGGCACCGUCCUAUCCAAGUCGGGACACCUCUACGAAGCAGAGGGGCCCAAGCCAUGAUAUAAAAGAAAUUUACUUGUCCGGGUCUUGCGACAGACAUAGAAUAGAAAGAACCCGGACUCCUGGCUUUGGGGAGAUGUGUUUAUAUAGCUGCUGAUCUUCGCACUUUUUGAUACCCUCGCG